AUGGGCCGUGAACGAAAGCAGGAGAUGCAAAUCUCAUUUUGUCCCAGCGGCCACGGUUUCAGACUCAUGCUGCAUGAAUCGCACAUCCAGCUUCUUGAGCUGUUCUCUGAUUUCAAGUGUCAGGGAAUAUCAGACAGUUCCUCUUACCAGACUGGCUGCUGCAGCGUACAAAGACCAACAGGUUCCCAAUGUCAAGAGCGCCUGACAGGACGCCAGGGACAAUAUGUGGAAGACGAACAGGCGGCCUACAUCGUCGCACACGAUCAUGGAGCGGGAACGGGGGAGGGAAAGGACAACAGGGAUGGGUUGGAAUGGGUCGGCAAAUUGAGCUUUCUUGCAAGCUCCGGUGGAAUCGUUUCGCCUCACCUGCUUGAUCAUUUCGACUCAUACAGAACAGACACCCAGCAGGCACUUAUUCGAAAGUGGAUGCGCGAUUGGCCUAUUAUCUCGUACCUCAAACGCCAUUUGCUGCGUGGCAAGGAACUCUGUCCCAGUGAACAGAUUGUGAUCCGCUGCACGAAGGACCACGUCAAUACCCGGCUCUGCGAUCUUUGCUAUCGAACGAAACGAGAGUGGAUGACAAUUCCCGCUGGUAUUAAAGGCAACUCCUACCAGCUGAUGUUCGCACUCGCUUUGGCACGUGGUUUUUGGGACACUGGCGAGGGCCUGUUGAUCAAUUUGCCUGCACUCCAUACAAAAUCAGAACAAACAAACGAGUUCGCUUCGCUCUUGAUAUGCUAG